CCUUCAGUAUUCUUCCAUUCACUGUGAAGCUUUCAGCAACAUGACAUCUCCAACAUUUGUCAUCUGCUUCAUGCUUUUGGUCGUCGGGUACAUUGCUCAGACAGUUGAUCAGAAACUGUCUACAUCUGUUCACCACGAGACACGAGGAACUGGAGAGAGUGUGACUUUACCAUGUGUCUUCAAAGAGGAUAGUUCUUAUUGGUCUUAUUGGUUUAAGCAAACUGGAGAGAAUCUGAGGCCCAUCUCUGUUUUCAACAAAUACACAGCUGCAUAUACUUUUCAUGGUGAGUUUAAGAACAAUCUACGUUUCAAACUGGAUGGUAAAAACGAUAAAAAUGACUUAAUAAUCUCAGAUUUAGAAGUGUCAGAUGCAGCUACAUAUCUCUGCAUCAGUACAAAUAGCUACAUGAUAGAAGUUCUAGCAACCAUCACAGUCUGUGUGAAGGGUUCAGGUGUGAGCGUCCCAGCUCUGGUCCAUCAGUCAGAGUCUGAAACCAUCCAGCCAGGAGGCUCUGUGACUCUGAACUGUACAGUCCACACUGGGACCUGUGAUGGAGAACACAGUGUUUACUGGUUCAGAAACUCUGAGGAAGCUCAUCCAGGACUCAUUUACACCCAUGGAGGCAGGAAUGAUCAGUGUGAGAGGAACCCUCACUCACACACUCACACUUGUGUCUACAACUUGGCCAUGAGGAGCCUGAAUCUUUCUCAUGCUGGGACCUACUACUGCGCUGUGGUCUCAUGUGGACACAUACUGUUUGGAGACGGGACCAAGCUGGACUUUGGAGAUGAGGUGAGCUCUGGUGUCUUGGUGUAUUCUCUGAGUGGAGCUUUGAUAUCUGCAGUUAUCCUGAUAGUUGUCCUGGCCUUCUUAUUGUACAAGAUGAACAAAAGAAUCUGCUUCUUAUCUCAAGAGAUACAAGCAAGAUUUUCAGCUCCCUCCACAACAAACAUGGAGGUUAACAGAGGAGCAGACGACGUCUGUUAUGCCGCUGUGAACGUUAACAUGCCCAACACAUCAAGAAGACAGAGAAACACAGCCAGAGAUGAAUGUGUGUAUUCCAGUGUGAGGCAGUAGAAGUCACCAUGGUUCAUCUUUUACUACGUCACUUUAAACUGAUGUUGGACCAGAUUUUUAAUGUUACCUUUGUGAAUAAAUGUCACUGAUUAUGUUGUGCUUUUGUGAAUUAAUUUUAAAUGAUCUGAUAGUGAACAUGAGAAUUUUAAACCAAAGAACUCUUUUAACCCAGGUUUUGUUUUUACAUUGUUAUUAUUAUGGAUGUAUAUUUUGGUAUUUUUGCCUCUUUGAGACGUUGGAUAGAGCAGAAAAUGGAGGAAAUGAUCAGAAGUGAUAUGCAGGAACAGAGCUCAGGGCUGCUCACAUCGAGGACUACACCCUAGACCAGCUAGUGGUCCUCGCCCAG